AUGUCAAUAGGAGCAGUGAUGCGAUCCACAUGUGUCUCCAUCAUCAAAGGCCAAAGGUCGCGUCUAUACUCUACGCUUCCUCCCAAAGCACGACUCAACACACCAACUGAUUUCGAGGCAACCACGCUGCUCAAUCACAACUCGAGAUCUGCAUUAGGCAAUAAUGAGUUAUCCUCCGAAGCGAAGAAUGGUACUGCAACGCGAUUGAAUCUUUUCCAAGCCAUCAACUCCGCUCUUUCACAUGCACUUCGAACAGAUCCUCGGGUUUUACUCUUUGGCGAGGAUGUCGCUUUUGGAGGAGUGUUCCGCUGCAGUAUGAAUCUGGCCUCUGAGUUUGGAGACGAUAGAGUCUUCAACACGCCCUUGACCGAACAAGGCAUCGUCGGUUUUGCGAUUGGCGCAGCCUUUGAAGGAAUGCGGCCUGUUGCCGAAGUCCAGUUCGCCGACUAUGUGUAUCCUGCAUUUGAUCAGUUGGUCAACGAGGCAGCAAAGGCGAGGUUCAGAGCGGGUGUCAAUGCCAAAGGACAGAGUUGUGGAGGUCUGGUGGUGCGCAUGCCUUGUGGAGGCGUAGGACAUGGUUUUCGCAGGUACCAUUCUCAGUCUCCAGAGUCACUUUUCACACACAUACCUGGACUGCGUGUAGUAAUACCUCGCGGACCCGCGCAGGCUAAAGGUCUGCUACUUGCAGCCAUCGCAAGCAACGAUCCUGUUGUUUUCAUGGAGCCAAAGAUACUCUACCGAGCAGCAGUGGAAUAUGUACCUGCCGAGGCCUACGAGAUUCCCCUAAGUAAAGCAGAGAUUGUCAAGCCUGGCAAGGACGUUACGAUCAUCAGCUACGGGACCCCAUUGUACACAUGCUCGAAUGCAAUCGAAAAGGCAGAAGCAGACUUUGGCUGCGAGAUCGAGCUCAUCGACCUUCGCACCAUUUACCCUUGGGACCGACCUACAGUCAUUGAGAGUGUCAAGCGAACCGGUAAAGUUAUUGUGGUUCAUGAAAGUAUGACUAACUCUGGAGUUGGUGCCGAAGUGGCAGCAACGAUUCAAGAGCAAUGCUUCCUGAAUCUCGAGGCUCCGGUUGCCAGAAUCUGUGGGUGGAGCACACAUAUGGGUCUCGUCUACGAGCGAUUCAACAUUCCAGAUGUUACACGAAUCUACGAUGCCAUCAAGACAACACUAGACUAUUAA